AUGUACUCUACAUUAAUAUUAUUGCCUUUGAUCGCGUUAGCCAACUCGGCUGCGCUUCCUCCCGUUGAUCUAGCCAGCUAUGUCUUGACCAGUACGGGAGAAACAAAUGGCGGAAACACUUUCCCGGGCGUUUCUCGACCACUGGGCAUGGUCAAGCUUGGCCCUGAUCUUUACUCUGGCACAGACGCCUACUCUGGGUAUCUUGCAAACGGCAACUUCACGGGCUUCACCAUGCUUCAUGAAAGCGGCACUGGAGGCGCUCCCAAAUACGGCGUCGUCUCUCAGAUGCCCGUGGUCGGAACGGUAAACAACCCCCUUAGCGACGCCAUCAACGAUACGCGCGCCGCGCCUGAUUAUACCGAGAUUGGCUACUACAAAGCAAGUCUUGGUUCUGGUACUGUCUUGGAAAUGGCCGCCACCAACAAAGCGGGCAUGUUUCAGUACACAUUCCCUAGUGUCAACAAAGAUCUCAAUGUCCUUGUUGACGUGUCUCACGUCUUGUCGUCUUAUCGGGGCCAAGGCCUAGAACAGCACUUCUUGGGAGGUAGUAUCAAUGUCAAAGAAGAUACUGAUGCCGGGUAUUACUAUUAUACUGGAUCAGGAACUUAUAACAAUGGAUGGAACAGAGCUGGUCCUUGGACAGUCUAUUUCUGUGGAUAUUUCGACGCCCCAGCUUCUUUCAAAACAUUUAUUGGAACGAGCCUAAACACAUCAACUCUGGCUGCAUUUUCAAACGAGGAGACCAGCUAUAGCUCCCAGACUGCGAGACUGGGUGCGCUCUUCACAUUUCAGCAAACCUCUGUGACUUCCAGAGUCGGAGUUUCAUUCAUCUCAGAGUCCCAAGCAUGCGCCAAUGUGAACGCAGAGAUUCCCAAGGGCGCCAGUCUUGCGACUGUGCGCCAGGGAACUCGAGAUGCUUGGAACACACAGGUUUUGUCAAAAGUGACAACCACUGAGACCAAUGUCACGAAGCUGAACCAGCUUUAUUCAGCGCUUUAUUUCAUGCAUUUGCUCCCAACGAACAAGACGGGCGAAAACCCUCUCUGGAGCUCUGGCGAACCCUACUACGAUGAUAUCUUCACUUUCUGGGACACACACCGCUGCACAACCUCUCUGCUUCACAUCCUUCAACCAGUGUUUUAUGAAGAGCUCCUGAGAUCCAUGAUUGACAUAUACCGCAAUGAAGGUUACACCUCCGAUGCUCGUUCCUCGUUUUCGAACGGUGCCGUCCAAGGAGGCUCAAACAGCGAUAACGUCUUCGCUGAUGCCUAUGUCAAGGGUGUGCGCGGCAAGGUUGACUGGGAGGGCGCCUAUGCUUCCAUGGUGAAGAAUGCUGAAGUCGUGCCGGCCAAUAACAACGAUCCUCGCGAUCCUACGGGCUCAACUAAAGAAGGACGAAGCGCUCUGCCGGAUUGGCUGCAGUAUGGCUACAUCACGCCUCGCUUUGGAAGAUCUGUGAGCCGAGCCGUUGAAUACGCCGUCAACGAUUUCUCGCUGGCAACUGUUGCCAACGGUCUUGGUCUCCAAAACGACUUCAAAAAGUAUCUCAACAGAUCUCACAACUGGCGCAACCACUGGAACACCAACAUGACCGCCCUCGGCUUCUCUGGCUUCCUCGGCCCGAGAAACACCAGUGGCUUCAUCGCCCAAAAUCCCAUUUCCUGCGGCGGCUGCUACUGGGCAGACCUGUACUACCAGGCUCUUCCCUGGGAAUACUCCUUCAACGCUCACCAUGACCUGGGAACCCUCGUCGACUACUGCGGCGGAGCAGACACAUUCGUCAAGCGCCUUGAGAUGACUUUCCAGCCCGGCAUUUACUCCGGCAACAGCGCCUUUGGCAGCACAAUCUUCAAUCCUGGCAACGAACCCAGUUUCGCCACCCCUUAUCUGUACAAUUAUGUCAACAGACAGGACCUUUCCGUCCUGAGAAGCCGCUUCAUCGCCAAAUCGUACUAUGCCCCAACGCCAGGCGGCCUUCCUGGUAACAGUGACGCCGGAGCUAUGGAGUCUUGGCUCUUGUGGAGUAUGAUUGGCCUAUUCCCCGUAACUGGUCAAACCACUUUCCUCAUCGGAUCUCCCUGGUUCACAGACCUGACCAUCUCUUUGGGGGGCGGCAAGAAGCUCAAGAUCACCACCACUGGCGGCAGCGAGAACGUCUACUACGUCCAGUCGCUCAAAGUCAACGGCCGCCCGUGGAACAAGAGCUGGGUGAGCUGGUAUGAUAUUUUUGCUCAUGGAGGAAGCCUCGAUUUUGUGCUUGGCAGCACACCGAGUAACUGGACGACUGGUCCAUUGCCGCCCAGUCCGGGGAGUGUGAGUGCAGCUGACGCGAAGCAGCUGUUGAUUGACAUGUCUAAGGGAGCCAGCUCUUGA